GCUUCUUCUCUAUAAUGCCAUCGUGGGUGUUCGUGAUCUCUUUUGAGAAAAAACAUCGUCGGAGAUUGUCGUCGGUGAUCGUCGGAGAAGAUGUUUGGGAGGGCACCGAAGAAGAGCGAUAGCACGAGGUACUAUGAGAUCCUUGGGGUCUCGCCGAACGCUUCGCAGGAUGAUCUCAAGAAGGCUUAUCGGAAAGCAGCGAUCAAGAAUCAUCCUGAUAAGGGUGGCGAUCCUGAGAAGUUCAAGGAAUUAGCACAGGCUUAUGAGGUUCUGAGUGAUCCUGAGAAGCGUGAGAUAUAUGAUCAAUAUGGUGAGGAUGCCCUCAAGGAGGGAAUGGGUGGUGGUGGAGGCCAUGAUCCAUUUGACAUCUUUCAAUCCUUCUUUGGUGGAAACCCAUUUGGUGGUGGUGGGAGUAGUCGAGGGCGUCGGCAGAGGAGAGGAGAGGAUGUUAUCCAUCCCUUAAAGGUUUCAUUGGAGGACCUCUACAAUGGGACUUCUAAAAAGCUCUCACUUUCUCGCAAUAUUAUCUGCUCUAAGUGCAAGGGCAAGGGUUCGAAGUCGGGUGCUUCAAUGAAAUGCUCUGGAUGCCAAGGUUCUGGCAUGAAAGUGUCCAUCCGACAGCUUGGUCCUUCAAUGAUUCAACAGAUGCAGCAUGCCUGCAAUGAGUGUAAAGGGACAGGCGAGACCAUCAAUGAUAAGGACCGAUGCCCACAGUGCAAGGGGGAGAAGGUUGUGCAAGAGAAGAAGGUACUCGAGGUUAUUGUCGAGAAGGGAAUGAGAAAUGGCCAGAAGAUAACAUUCCCGGGAGAGGCUGACGAAGCGCCGGAUUGCAUUACUGGUGACAUUGUGUUUGUCCUGCAACAAAAGGAUCAUCCCAAGUUCAAGAGAAAGGAUGAUGAUCUCUUUGUUGAACACACAUUGUCUCUAACUGAGGCUCUCUGUGGCUUCCAAUUUGUGCUAACUCACCUGGAUAACAGACAGCUGCUCAUCAAAUCAAACCCUGGUGAAGUUGUGAAGCCCGACCAAUUCAAGGCAAUAAAUGAUGAAGGCAUGCCGGUAUAUCAGAGGCCAUUCAUAAGGGGAAAACUCUACAUUCACUUCACAGUGGACUUCCCAGAUUCACUCUCCCCAGACCAGUGCAAGGCUAUUGAGGGUGUGCUGCCGCCACGCGGUGGAUCGCAGCUGACUGACAUGGAGCUGGAUGAGUGUGAGGAAACAACACUGCAUGAUGUGAAUAUUGAGGAGGAGAUGAGAAGGAAGCAAGUCCAAGGCCAGGAAGCAUACGAUGAAGAUGAAGACAUGCCUGGAGGUGCUCAGAGAGUGCAAUGUGCUCAGCAGUAGAGGCAAAAAGUCUUGGCCUUAUUCAUAUCAAGUGUGCUUAGAGACUAAAAAUUUCAGAGAGACAGACACCCACUACUUCUAAUCAUUUACAUUGAUCUUCUAAUAUGUUACUAGUAAUAUCAUGUUGGUAAAUAUUUAGCUGAAUUACUUGCAUCUCUGGUGCAUUAUUGUCUUGGUUUGAGUGGUGAAUGUCAUUAGUAAAUCUUGUAUGGUUUUUUCCUUUUUGCUUGUGAAUUUCUGUGGAUUGCUCACUGCCAACCUGGAGAA